CAGUUUCUCCCCAGAACCACAGAGUGCUGAGCAAUGGGCUUGGUCCUCCUGGGUGCAGCGUGGGUCACUUGGGGGGUCCUUCGGAUAGCAGCUUCCCCCACCGCAGAGGAUCCCGGGCUUGUUCUCCCCAGAGAUGCGGCUCGGCUGGCAGUGGAAGAUUACAACCAGAGGAGCGCCGCGCAGUCGGUCUUCAGGCUCUUCAAGAUCAGAAGCACCCACAAAACGAGACUGGAGUGGAGCACCCACUUCUCGCUGCAUUUCACCAUCAAAGAGACCUGGUGUCAGAAAACAGCCCCACGCAGGAUCGGAGAUUGUAGAUACAAGCCGAACGGGCUGAUCCAAGAUUGUUCUGCAGAAGUGUCCUUUCUCGACCUGAUGUGGGAUUCCCCACUGACCUCCAUGACGUGCGUGCAGGUGAAGCAGAAGAAAACCAAGCCCCAGGCCAGCCCCCCGCAAGCAGUGGGGUCCCCCCCCCAGGUAAACGUGGAACAUUACAUGCCAGCAUCCUACUCAGCCGCAGCUCUGACUGCCACCGAGGAAGACUAACGGCUCAGCCGAAGCGGGAUCCUGUUUGGACUUGGCUGGCCUGUCCCUGGAUGGCUCUUGGACGCUGGAUCCCUGGAUCUCCAGAAUGCCUCUCCUUGGGGAGGGUUUCUGCAUGCCCAUGCUAAAGAGGAUGCUUUUUUUUUUCCUGCACCAGUUUCCGGAGGGAAUCUGGGGUUUUAGAUUGCCACAAGAACUGGUGCAAUUCUAAUUUCAUGGCAAGGCUGUUUCUGCAAUGCUUAUCGACCCCUCCUGCUG